AGCCAUGUUGGUUCAAGUUUAGUGUGGUUCAAGGGAGGAAGUUUGAGCAGAUCCGCAUGACGAGCUGCGACCACUGUGUGGUGUCAAGAGUCGGCUGAAAUCGUACGAGCGGCUAGCAGAUGUCGAGCGCCCCUCCCCUUGCCAACAAUGUAUCUCCGAAGGUAAAUCUAUCAAUGGCACGUUUCUGUUAUGAACUUGACGAAGCCGGUUCAUCCAGCGUCGAUGUAUUCAAAUUGUUUGGGCGGCCAGUGGUUGGUUUGUGUGCCCGAGUAUUCAGCAAACGAUGUUUUGCAGCAGCGAUUUUUUUGGACUGCAUAUGCGUGAGCGAGUGCGGGAGGUCCCAUGUGGUUCAGUUGAUUCUGACGAAAAAUGAAAAUGAUUCAUAUGGGAAAGAUGUACGUGUAGGUGACGUCGUCAAAGUCAUCGACGGUAAUGUUGACCCAAGGCUGGCGAAGCCACCUCGAGCAUGCAUCAUUCAUGUAUAUGCGCUGGAAGUUGACGAGCCGUGGAGUGAAACUCUCGGGAUUGGGGACGUGCACUUCCAUCAGUCUGUUUUCCAUGACGACAUUGAUGCUUCCUUCAUGCAUUGCAAGCGUGGUAGUGGUGAGCCGAAGGAAUCAACAUCUAACAAGUUCAAGGACCGUAGCCCCUACGCAAUCUUGCAAUGCCACGCAUCAGUGGCUGAAAGAGUUGCGAUGUACUUCAACGGGGUUUCUCUUUCGUCGUACUCGAAGGACCUUUUAGUAAUGCUGUACGAGGACCACCAAGACGAGGAGGAUGUUUUCAAACUGCGUAGAGCAAAGUAUCUUGGCAAGGAGGAAGUUGAGAGCUUUCUGCGUGGCAUCGUGCAGCGAGUGUAUUUCGUACAGCCGCGCCUGAAAGAAGUCAGCUUCGCCCAAAUUGUGGCGAAGUAUCUGAAGGCGGUUGCUAGUGACAGCAGUCCUGAACGAGUGAACCGAUUCCGCAGACUCAGGUGUUUCCCCCGACUUCACGAAGCUAAGUUGAAAGAAUUGCUCCUUAGAGAAAGCGCUGAGACGCCAAAAGGCUCCCCGACACUCGAGCAGAGCCUAACGAAGCAGAGCCUACCAAACAUAUGUGAUUGCGUUGUGUACGCGGACGGUUUAUAUUGGUUGGGCAUUGAUACAAAGCGCAUGUUGGUUCCAGUGAAGAGUCAAGAAGUUGUUCCAUCUGGUGCCUACUGGAAGCUUCUUGAAAUCAGGGAGCGGUAUCUGAAGGACUCUCUCAACGUGGUGGAGAAGUACGGGCGCCGGAGCCUGGCGAUAGACAUUGGUGCCUCCCCAGGUGGCUGGAGCUACUGUCUAGCCGCAAAUUUUGGCACACGGCUGACUUUUGCAGUGGAUCCAGCUUCGCACAUGCACGAAUUGUUGAAUAAAUACGCAAGUACGCAGGAGGGUGACACAGCGGAUUCAAGUGUCAUAACACACUGGAUGUGUCGCGGGGACGCAGGUCUCGAGCGGCUGGAGAAACAUGUUUCCGAGGAGGGAAGUGGGAGCAAAGUCGCAGUAUUUGUGUGCGAUAUGAACGAUGAUAUGGAGAGGGCGGUGGAGUUGGUCAGGACUUUUGUUUUGAAUGAAUUGUUCGAGAGACCGUGCUUGAUUGUUGUGACAUUCAAGCGGACAUGCAGGAAUAAGGCCGAGUUUUCGGACCGCAAGUCCAAGUCUUUGGCGGUUCUUGAGAAUGAGUGUGGUUUGAGUCACCUGCAGGAGCUACAUCUAUUCGCAAACACGCCGCAAGAGACGACAGUUGUUGGACAGCUGGAGGAGCCUUCGGUUGUUGGCUGAGUAACGAGGAUUGACCGAGCGUGUCAUUAAGAGUGGCAAGAUCUCACCGCGAAGCGAUAGAAGCUAAGCGGCGGAACACAUUGCAUGUCAUAUUAAUGGUUGAAGCUGGUGACAUGGCCUGCAUUGGCAAUGCAAGGCGAAACAGUUGCUGCAUGUUGCUUUUCGCUGCUACAUCGGCUGGAGUUGCUAUCGAGCAAGGUGCCGAAGGUACAGUUGCAGUACGUACUGAUGCUGGCUUUUUGUUGGAGUACUGCUAGUGUUAGGUGGUGUGGACACUCCGACAUUACGAGAUGGCGCAUGCCCAUCCAACCGUGCCGCAGAGCUCCCCCCACUUCAAUAGUCUUGAGGAUCGAGCCAUUCGUAGACGGAGGCUCUCCAGUAUGUCGCUCGUCGAAUAGUCUUGGCACGCGCUUGCUCGGCUGCGGCCCGCUCUUUCUGGCCAGCCUCGGCGGCCGGAGAGGCCCACAGCGUGCUCCCGUCGUGCUCAGUGGUCGCCCUUGGUCGCCGCCCGGCCACGGCGGGCCUUCGGCUACCCCUGGCCUGCAGCGGCGCCGGCCGGCCCGCCCCAGAGCUCACCGUGGGAUGCUGAGUGGGACGUCAGGUGCCCGGCACGCCUCGUCGUCGCAUGAUCCAUCCCAGGAGUCCUCAUCCAGCCUCCUCCGCCCGCCGUCCCCGCAGGGGUCGCGGGAGGCUUCCGCGGAGGCUCCCCGAGGCCCAGCAGAGGCCAGCAGC